AUGAUGCAACAAAAUUUGGCAUAUGGUAAACCUUAUGAUAUGUGGUCGAGUUUUCAAAGUUUGAUACCAAAAAGUGAAACGGAUUGUGAUUUAAGCGACGAAAUAGAAACUCUUUGUCAAAAAUGUGCAAAACAAACUAAAUCAAGCGUCGUUUAUCCAAUGUGUUGUCAAAAUCGAGAAGAAGCAAGAGAAUGGUGUCAAAAAUAUAUAAGUUUCGGUUUGCAGUAA